AUGGACGCCCAACUAGAAGCGAAGCGACACGAGAUCGCGACGACCCGACUCGAGGCGCUCGCUGCUGCCCGAACGGUCGGCUCGCAACUGCCCCUGACGUCUUCGACUUGCGAUCCCUCGCUCAUCAUCGAAGCCCUGCGCACGACCAACCAAUUCCGUCAUGUCGCCAUCGCCCUGGCGAACGAGAUGCAGUCCCCGCUCGAUGGCGAGUUCGAGUUCGAGCUCACGGACGACCACCGCGUGUUCCUCGCCGAGGUCGUCAAGGUGCUGCAGCAUCCUCAGGCCCAGCAACGCUUCGAUCUGCUCGACCUGCAUUGGGGAGCACUCUUGAUUGAAGCCUGCACCAUGGCCGAAGCUGCGAAACACAAGAAGGGCGCGGGCAGCGUGCGACUGCCUCCCCUACUGGUCGUCGAGCCAACCAUUUCCACGUCGCCUUUCUCCGAGGAAAACGAGAUUCGCCGCGGCUAUGCUGCCUUGUUCCAGCUCGAUAAGACCGCUGUCAAGAAGGGUGACGUACGAACGAUCGAUGCCAUCGCGGCGCCCCUCGCCACCGCUACCGAGGCUUGGAUGCGUGCGGUCAUCCCCAUCGCCUCCGAGAUGUGCUCAUUUUUCGAAUCCGUGAGUACUCGACCAGAGAACAUCGCUGCAGGGUCUCAUACGCAGCCAGCGAUGAAUUUUGACUACACACGCUCAAUACUCGACGUCCUUUCAGUCUACCCGCAGCAGAAACAAUUCAAAGACGUCCUUGCCGACCCCGACUCGUUCCCCCGCUUCAGUGCCAGCCAAGCCAGCCGAUCCAUCGACGCCGUCGCGAAAACGCGCCGUUCGCAGUGUUGCUGAGAAUGCCCUUGUUGAGACGACAAAUGGGAUGGAAGUAGAUGAAGCAGCCGGACCUCGUUCGGCCAAAUCUCCGCAGCAGGACGUAGUACACCAUCCUGUUCAAACACGAUCGCCUUCGGUGCACGACAGCGCGCUUCCUCGAGAAACCGGGCACGAGCCCCGCGUGGAGCACGCCGACGACGAGGUCGAGGAAGGCGAAAUUGAGGAGGACUUGUUGCCCAGUACGCAGCCACCUCUACCACCGGCCCGCUCAAGAAUACUCAGUCGACUGCAGGCUGCUGCACAACAGCAGGCCGCAAAAUUUGAAGCGUCAGCGUCAACCUCAAGCCAGACUAACGACGCAGCGUCACUUUCCGCUGGCCGCGUAUUGACCGCCCGAACUCUAACUCAGGACCCGAAUAUCUCAACGCUCUCUGAGCAUCCGAUGAAAGGGGUGACAAACGAUCUCAAACGCUCUGAUCCCCCAGCCUCACCCAAAGUCUCGAAAAGAAUCGUUGUUUCCCCGCCGAAACGACCCUCUACUGUACCACAACGCAUCGUGGAAGAGAAAGAUGCUUCCCUCGAGCAAUACAGUAGUGGCUCCAACGGUACCUCUGGCUCGAGUUAUACGUCCCAACCACCGCCGCCUGCUCAAACCUUCCACACCCCAUCCGUGUCGACCGCAUCUUCGACUGCUGCGUAUAUCUCCACGGCGGAUGGCACCACGUCCCCACUCGACUCCACUUCCCUUGUCCUUAAUACGCAAUCAACGGUUUCGUCCUUCGCCUCGGACAAACGCAAGGAUAGUCAGUCCCAGCCGACGCAGUCGAGCAACAAGGAUGGUCGGUCGCAGUCGAGCACGCAGAACACCGACUCGCUCGAAUACGUCGAUGACGUCGCGGCGCAUAAGAGGAAGUUCGAGGAGCAGCAGAGUUUGAAAGCGGCUGCUGAAGCGAAACAGGUUGCAGCUUCGCCGAUGAAGGAGGCAGCAAGUGUGCGAACUGAAGGCAACAAUGGCAAACCCGAUGCUAUGGACCAUGACGCGGUCCAAGGUCUGGAGAUAGAUGACAUGGUGUCAGAUGACGAUGAUAGCGUAUCGUCUCACUUAAUGCCGCACAGACGAUUUGAGGAAUUGGAGGAAGAGGCGACCCAAGGUCCUGAAGACGAUGAGACGAUGGGCGAGAUCUUGAGCACUCGCGUGAGCCCCUUCUUUUGA